CUGCAGGGGAAAAGCUAAGGUUAUUAUUACAUGUUUUAUUGAGAAAGAGAGAUCAGUUUCCCUUUACCUCAAUUCUUUCCCUUGUAUAUUUCAUCUCCUCUUUUCAACGAAGGAAGAGAGAAUAAAAAGGAGGAAAAAAAAAUUAAAACAGUCACCACUGCAAAGAGCAACGCAGAGUAAAUAAGAAAGAAAGAGACGACACACAGAUAAAGAGUGAGAAAGAGAAGGAGGAGGGAAUUGAAGAAGCUAGCAGUGCCACAGCAAGAGAAAACGAUGUCUAAGAGCUUUACAUAUACUCUGCAACUCUAACAAGAGAAAAAAGGUGAAGGGAAGAAGAGUAUGAGGGUUGCUAGAAGGAGAUCAAAUAAGCAAAGGGUUUAUAGGAUCAUGAAGAAGAAGAUAUCGAUAUGGGGAUAGCUACAUCACCAGUCGUCCCAUCAAUUAUUUCUCAGCACUCCAAGACUAAUCAUUCAACAAAUUCUAUGUCCCAAGAUUACCACCAAGCAGCUGGAAUCUUCAGCUUCUCGAAUGGCUUCGAGAGAUCAGCCAUGAGCCACCACCACCACCACCACCAGCAGCAGCACUUGGCGCAGCAGAUCCGCAGAGAUAAACUAAGAGUUCAAGGCUUUGAGCCACCAGCUCUACCAGUAGUAGGGAUCGAAGAUGAAGCGUCAAAUGCUCUUCCUGUUUAUGAAGCCGAUGGUAUGUUAUCAGAAAUGUUCAACUUUCCUUCAGGUGUGAACGCCUCGGCCGAGUUAUUAGACCAACAUAUACAGCCUAAUUAUCGAGCAAACAGGCCACCGGGUAAUACUAGCAACGAGUGGUUUAACAAUAGGCAAGGUGUUGUUGGGAGUUUGGGACUGGUAGGUGAAUCAAAGAGUCAUGAUAACCGUGAUACUUUAGCAGCUCAACAGCAACAUCAACCGUUGCUAAGCAUUAAUGCCGAAUCAGCAGCUGCCAUGAACCUUUUCUUGAUGAAUCCACAGCCAAGAUCGUCAUCUCCUCCUUCAACUUCUUCUAACACUCUACACAUGUUACUCCCAAAUCCAUCUACUUCUCUUCAAGUGUUCAGUGUUUCGGGUCCCGGAGGGGCGCCGUUCGGUUCAAGCAGUGUUUGGGUUCCUGAUAGUGCGCAUCAAGGAGAUAACGCUGGUUCCCAACUCAACAACUCAAGUCAAAUCGGAGGCGGCCUUUCACUUUCUUUAUCAUCUUCUUUGCAACACUUGGAGGUUGGCAAAGCUGAAGAAUUGAGGAUGAGAAAUGGUGGGUUACUGUUCUAUAAUCAAGAAGGGGGCUCUUCCGCUGCUGCUCAACUUCAGUACAAGAACUUGGCCAGUCAUCAUCAUCAGCCACUGCAUUUGCAAGGUGGAGCGGGGGAAAACCAUCAAGUUCAUGUCGGGUUCGGAUCCUCGUUAACGGUCAAUGCGUUGAGAAAUUCAAAGUACGUUAAAGCUGCUCAAGAGUUGCUAGAAGAAUUCUGUAAUGUUGGAAGAGGCCAGUUCAAGAAGAACAAAUUUGGUAUGAUCAACACAAACCCUAAUUCUAAUCCAGGUAGUAAUGGAGGCGGCGGAGGUGGUGGUGGUUCUUCUUCAUCAACAAAAGAUCGUCUCCCUAUAUCAGCAGUUGAUAGAAAUGAACAUCAAAGAAGGAAGGUCAAACUUUUAUCCAUGCUUGAUGAGGUGGACCGGAGAUACAACCAUUACUGUAAACAAAUGCAAACGGUGGUGAACUCAUUUGAUCUGGUGAUGGGUUUCAGGGCAGCACUGCCUUAUACCGCACUUGCUAAGAAGGCGAUGUCGAGGCAUUUCAAGUGUUUGAAAGAUGCGAUAUUGGCACAGUUGCAGCAUAGCUGUGAGGUACUAGGAGAGAAAGAUGCAGCUGGAAACUCCGGCAUAACAAAAGGAGAGACACCGAGGUUAAAGGUGUUAGAGCACAGCUUAAGACAACAGAGAAUGUCCCAUCAAAUGGGGAUGAUGGAACACGAAGCUUGGAGACCGCAAAGGGGAUUGCCUGAACGUUCUGUCAACAUUUUGAGAGCUUGGCUUUUCGAGCAUUUUCUUCACCCGUACCCAAGCGAUGCUGAUAAGCUUCUGUUGUCUCGACAGACUGGUUUAUCGAAAAAUCAGGUUUCAAAUUGGUUCAUAAAUGCCAGGGUUCGGUUGUGGAAACCCAUGGUGGAAGAUAUGUACCAACAAGAGAUUAAAGAAGAGGAUGAAAAUAAUAAUGAGAGCCACAACAGCAACAAUGCACAGAAAUCGACGCCUUCGACAACUGCCGCAACAACGCCGUCAGCUCCGCCACUAGCAGCAGGAGGCAAAAGAUCCGAAAUCAAUGCCAUGGAAAACGACCCUUCACUCGUUGGAAUAAAUAGGCAACGCUUCUCGGAAAACCAAGCAACCCACCACAACACCACUAUUAUUACUUCCCAUGGUGGCAGAAUUGUUUCAGCCGGUUACGGGACCACCACCACCACCCCUGCUAAUGCCACUGACAUUGGUUCGACAUUCAUAAGGUUGGGGACCACGACUGGUGAUGUCUCACUCACCCUAGGGCUACGACAUGCUGGAAACAUGCCCGAGAAGAGUUCUUCUUUCUCAGUUAGAGACUUCGAGGGCUGUUAAUCUCAAAAUACAUAUGCCAUAGUAACAGUACUAUUCUCUUAAAAAUACAAAUCAACAAUCCGAUCUUUUUCCAUUAAGAUACAAAGAAUGCGUAACGAUAAACGCAGCAUUAAAGUUAGCUAGUUGUGGUUGGCCUUAUGAUGAAUGUAUAGUGAGAUUGUUUCACUUCUAUAUGUACUUUAGGUUUCUUUGUACAUCUUCAUAUUUUCUAGAAUAACAUGAAAUAUGAACUC